GGUGUCUGACAUCAAACAGGAACGGAAGCUAAAAUGGGCACCUCAGUGAUUCAGCAAAUCGGCUUCAUUCUGGGUGUGUUGGGCCAGUUUUUCGUAUCUGCUGCUACAGCCAUGGAUAUGUGGGGUUUACAGGACCGGUCCUUCUCAGUCAUAACAAGUGUUUACACUUACUCUGGACUCUGGAAAUCAUGUGUAGAAAACUCAUCUGGAAUGACCCAAUGCAGGCCUUAUUUUACCAUACUAGGGCUGCCAGUUAUGCUCCAAGCGGUGCGGGCACUGAUGAUAGUUGGGAUAGUUCUGGGAGCCAUCGGCUGUCUGAUCGCCAUCUUUGCCCUCAAGAGCCUGAAGAUGGGAAAUAUGGAGGAUAAUGCCAAGGCUACCAUGACACUGACCUCUGGGGUCAUGUUUCUGCUUGCAGGUGUCUGUGGCAUUGCUGGAGUGUCUGUCUUUGCCAACCUAAUCGUGUCCAGCUUCCGGUUCACCACCUAUGCAGACAGUGGAUAUGGAGGAGAAGGAGUACUGGGAGGACUUGGAGGAUCUCUCACUCCCAGGUACACCUUUGGCACCGCCCUCUUCGUGGGGUGGAUAGGCGGGGCUGUGUUGGUCAUAGGAGGAGUUAUGAUGUGUAUCGCCUUCAGAGGGAUGAUUCCAUCAAAGGAGAAGCGACAUGGUUAUGGGGUGGCCUACAAAGCUGCGUCCCAACACACAACAGUGUACAAGGAUGACGCGAAACCCAGACUCGCCUAUGACGAGUCUUUCAGAGCCCAGAUUAUGAAUGGAAGACACUCCAACCAGCAAUAUGUGUGAAGAAUAUAAUAUUAUGUACUAGUUAGAGGUUUUCUGAAACUAAACAAUACUAUUUUGAUAUUUCAAUGACAAUCCCGUGCAGCUCUAAGGGGCUUAGAAGAUUGCAUAGAGGGUUGCUAUGAAGGAAAACCUUUUUCAGGUUUGAUUAGUUAUUUUUGUACUUAUUAUUUUUGGAUCUCUCUUAUAUUUUGGGCUCCCGAGUGGCGCAGUGGUCUAAGGCACUGCAACUGAGUGCUAGAGGUGUCACUACAGGCCCUGGUUCGAUUCCAGGCUGUAUCACAACCAUGAUUGGGAGUCCCACAGAGCAGCGCACAAUUGGCCCAGCGUCGUCCAGGAUAGGUUUUGAGAAUAGAAUUUGUUCUUAACAGACUUGCUUAACAGAAUUUGUUCUUCAUUUUGUGAUGUAACUGCCCCACAAUCCCAAAUAAUAAGGAUGAUAUAGUAGUUUAAGUAAUCAGACCAAUUAUUUCAAUAAAUGUAACCCUUUAGUCCUCAAUAGAAUAGAACAAAUGACAAUUACAAGUUAACUUAGUUUUAUAGAGCACAACCUCUUCUUUAAUAACACUAAUUUUGUCUUCCCUUGUAUAAAGACACUGUAAAAAAACGAGAAAAAAAGUAGAGUAUUUAAAGUGUAGUAAAUUUGACUAAAUUACUCACUCAAAAUGUACCAAGUAUAAUAUAUUAUACUUACAAAAUGUAUUUACAUAUAGAUAUAUAUUUUUUAUUAUGCAAAAUGUGACCAGAGGACAAUAUUCAUUUUAAAUCCCACACAAAGUAGGCUAUUUGAUUGACAACAAUUCUUACUUCUGUAACAAUGUAAAAAUUCCCCGACACAAUGUAAGCAUUUAUGACGGCAAUGUUGAGCCUCCCCCAAAACACAUACUUCCACCAGUUUCUGCCUGUGCGUCCAACAUUGUAAUAGCUCCUCAGUUGGUCAAGAUGGUCAACCCCGUCCAUUUUCUUGUUGUAAUCCAUUACACAAGCUCUAGAACACAUAUACGUUCCUGCCACUUAAAAAGCAACAGCUCCAAAACCCCUGCCAAUGUCACUUUAGGCCCACGCUGUGUGAUACUUUCCUUCUGCUUCCUCCUUUCACUCUGCUUCUUCCUCUCCCUCGGCUUCCUCCUCUCCCUUUUCCUCUACAUGUUUCUCUUCCUCUCCAUGUGCAUCCCCCUCCACUCUCCUCUCCCUCCUCUUCACUCCCCUCUCCCUCCUCUUUCUCCACUCUCUUCUCACUCCACCCCUCCCUCCAGAUCUGUAUACCUCCAAUCAUCUCUAAGUCCUCUUCCUCCCUGCCUUUUGCUGCUGAGCAAAAAAUGUUAUUUUGGAUGCAGUAUUUGUAGUAUACUACAGUUAUACUGCACUCUAACUGCAGUUAUACUAAGGGUAUUUUCUCAACCAUACACAUGUAUUUUUUUAUUUUUAUUUCACCUUUAUUUAACCAGGUAGGCUAGUUGAGAACGAGUUCUCAUUUGCAACUGCGACCUGGCCAAGAUAAAGCAUAGCAGUGUGAACAGACAACAACACAGAGUUACACAUGGAGUAAACAAUAAACAAGUAAAUUACAUAGUAGAAUUACAUAGUAGAAAAAAAUAUAUAUAUUUACAUUGUGUGCAAAAGGCAUGAGGAGGUAGGCAAGAAAUAGGCCAUAGGAGUGAAUAAUUACAAUUU